AUGAGGGUUGAAUUGAAAAGAUUAAACUCAUUACAUCCAUCAAUCGAUCAACUUGCUUCAUUACUUCAAUCUCCUUAUCCACCUUCUUCUAUCUAUCUUCAUUCACCUUCAAAUCAUUCACUCACUUCUCAACUCAUCAAAGAACUUCUUCAUCAACAUUCAUCUUCUCAUCUAGAACUUCAUCUUCCAUCAUACGCCUACAUCAAUUUAUCUGAAAUUCAAAACACUCGAUCACUUUACGAUCGAAUCCUAAAUCAACUUUCAGGAUGGAAUUCUGAGUGGUCGGAUGCUGGUAGUACUACUUGGAAUGGUCGAUCUUAUGGACUUCAAUGCCAUCCUAUUCAAUCAGCUAUCUCACCUCAAAUCAACGACAUUCUUCAAAAUUCAGUUACACCAUCAACACAUUGUCUAGCUUGGAAUUCUGACGCGCCUCCACUUGAAAAGGGCCGAGGGGUGUUAUCUGGAAAAACAAAUGAUUCAUUUGACGCGUUUUGUGAUGGACUUCGUACCUUAUCUAAUCUCAAGUAUGAAGAUGUAUCAGGAGAAGAGAAAUCAUUCCCUAGAAGCCCAAAGUUUAUUAUCAUUGAUCAAGCUGCUAGAAUGAGAAAUUGGAAAGAGCCAAGCUUGAUCUCUGCAUUUAGUCGUUUACCUGAACUUAGUCGAUCACCGGUUCACACAAUCUUCCUCUCUCACUUGCCUUGGACAAAAGUCAGACCUCGGUAUGGAGCACUUGAACCUACAGUGAUUCUGAUUCCGAAGCUCUCAGAACAAGACUUGAUCAAAAUCUUGGUUGAUGAAGGACCGCCUGAGACAGGUGAUCAGACUAGUGACGGUAUCGGCGAAUCAUCGGAUCAAACAAGGGACAUCACUCCAGCCUUCGAACCAUUUGUUUCUUUUAUCGUAUCAGCCUUUCAAGCGCAGACUUCAUCAGAUCUAUUCGAACUUUCCUGUCUGAUCUCCCGUCUUUGGUUUCCUUGGAGUCAAAGAGUAAGAGAUGGAGAAUUCUCACCACACGACACUGCCAAACUAAUCUUGUUGAACCGAUCAAUGAUUGAGGUUGAGCAACAACAAUUCGGUCGUGCGAUUUGGCACGUUCCUGCAUUCUUGAAUGGUGAUCUAGGUAUUAAAGAAUUAGCAUUACCCGCAUCCUCAGUACAACCUACCCCAUCAAAAGGAUCCACAACUAUUGAUUUGGGCGUGGGUUCAUCAAAAGACUUGACAGUACGACCUCCUAAUAUUUUAGACUCUCCAUCAAAGGGAACAAGUAAAAAGUAUCCACCUAUCUCACCAUUUGUAACCCCAUCCAAACCUCGCCAUUUUCUCGAUAUAUUUUCACCAGCCUCAUUGUCAAAUCAAUCUCCUUCAAAAAUCAAUGCUUCGCCUUCUAAACCUUAUAAUCCACAAUUCGGACCACCUCUUACUGCACGUCAACAACCUCAAGAUACACUUUCGUUAUCGUUACCUAUCAUAUCUCGUUAUCUGCUCAUUGCUAGUUUUAUCACAAGUUAUAAUCCUGCCAAGAGCGAUGCUCGACUUUUUGUGACGUUUGACGAAGUGGGUACUAAUCGAGGUAGAAGAGCUAGACAAGUCAAACCAAAGAUUGGUGAGGCAGUCAAAGUACGAGAACGUCAACAACUUUUGGGACCAAAGUCAUUCCCAUUAAGCCGUUUAAUGGCCAUCUUUAAUGCAAUAACCCACCAAGAAGGACUGAAUUUCUCACAAGUAGAUGUCCUACAACAGGUUAGUUCUUUAAUUCAAUCACGUUUAUUAAACAAAUCCAAUAAAUCCAAUAAUAAAAGUGGAUAUUCAAAUUCAGAAAGAUUUGAAAUGAUCAAAUUGGUUUGUGGAAUCGGAGAACCAAUUGCUCAACAACUUUCAUUAAGUGUAGGGUUUGAAUUAAGGUCUAGAUUAUGGGAAGUGGAAGAUUGA